AUGACGGUGCAAAAACUCUGCUACCUUGUACAAGAAUCACCGACGGAAGCACUACUUUUACGUCAAGUCGAGAAAUUGUGGGAAACGGAAAGCUUUCCAAUUGUAAUUCCGGCUCAACCGCUAGAAUCAACCGAGGAUAAACUAGCGAGGAAGAAACUCGAUGCAACUAUUCAAUUCGACGGAACCAGGUAUGAAGUAGGUCUACCAUGGGUUUCAGAUGCUAUCGCAUUACCCGACAAUUACAAUAGUGCAUUGCGUCGACUUUUCUCUAUCGAAAACAAAUUCAUUCACAAUUCUAAUUUUGCUGAGAGAUACAAAGCCGUAAUCGAUGACUAUGUGGCAAAGGGAUUCGCGCGGCCUCUCAAAGAAAGUGAAUUGAAGGGCACCUUUGGGAGAAAUUGGUACCUUCCCCAUCAUGGAGUCGUAAAUCCUCGAAAACCCGAAAAAGUUAGGGUGGUCUUCUACGCUUCGGCAAACUUUCAAGGACUUGCACUCAACGAAGUAUUGUUAAAGGGUCCCAAUCUCAUCAAUGACAUAGGUGCUACCCUUCUACUCUUCAGAGAAAAGUCUGUUUCCCUAUCUGGGGAUAUUCAACAAAUGUUUCUUCAAGUUGGCGUGAAGAAAGAUGACCAUCCCGCCCUACGAUUUCUAUGGCGUCCACCUGGUUCUCGAAAAAAACCCACCGUAUAUGAGAUGCAGCGACAAAUCUUUGGAUCGGUCUCAUCCCCUUUCAUCUGCUCUCAAGUGCUCCGACAUAUUGCUGACAUACAUCAGGAGGCUAGUCGAGCGGUCAAAGAUUCUACAGCAUUGCUAAAAAAGGGAGGAUUCCAUCUGAACCAAUGGUUCUCUUCAUCUCGACGGGUAUUGUCACGUGUAGAAGGUGAUUGUAAUCAGCCUCGCCUGAAUUUGGAUCAAGAGGAUUUGCCCACGAAGAGAACCUUAGGUGUUUUAUAUGACAGCGAAAGUGACAGCUUCAUCUUUGAUGUUAAAACCGACGUCGAAGCGAGUACUAAGCGUCGGAUCUUGAGUGCUGUGUCCACCUUGUAUGACCCACUGGGGUUUUUAUCACCAGUGAUCCUUAGCGCCAAAAGAAUUCUACAAGAAUUGUGGCUUGUUGGUGUUGACUGGGAUUACCAAGUUCCCGAAGAAAUUCAACACCAGUGGAACAAGUGGACUACUAAUCUUAGCCAGCUCGAGGCGUUCAAGAUCCCGCGAGCUCUAACUUCGUCUAGUGACAUCCAAGACAUUCAGCUGCAUGCCUUUUGCGAUGCAUCCACCGUUUGGAUAGGCUCUGUGGUAUAUCUACGAGUAACCUAUCGCAACAAUAUCGUCGCCGUAAAUUUCGUUACGUCAAAGCCCCGCGUGGCACCCCUUCGUCCGCUGACCGUUCCAAAAUUAGAACUCCAAGGAGCAGUUGUGGCACUACGCCUUGUGAAGUUCGUCCAAUCGACCCUUCGUAUUCCCAUCACUCAAAUCAUCUAUUGGUCUGACUCUAAAACUGUUCUUCAGUGGAUAGCCUAA